GUUCUGUUUCUAAGGACAUGAAUCCUACCUCGUACUGAUAAUUAAUUUGCCAUUUUUGGCAACUCUUAGCAUUUCCCUCCAUGUAGGGCAAGGCAAACCAAACCUUUUUCAAGAAAAGAAAAUCCCAAAAAUAUAGGACCAAAAAAAAAAGAAAAAAAAGCAAGAAAAUAUAAGCAUAACCUCAUGGCAGAAUCUGUAGAAACUGUGAGAAUCGACACAAACAAUUCCUCAACGAUUAAGAAAUCGACAGUAGGGCGUUCAAGAAAAGGUUGUAUGAGAGGUAAAGGUGGUCCAGAAAAUGCGUUGUGUACAUAUAGAGGAGUAAGACAAAGGACAUGGGGUAAAUGGGUAGCUGAAAUAAGAGAACCAAAUCGCGGGGCAAGAAUUUGGUUAGGGACUUUCAACACGUCCCUCGAAGCCGCUCGAGCCUACGACGAUGCAGCGCUUAGGCUCUAUGGUUCGGAUGCCAAGCUCAAUCUACCCGAGGCAUCCGAACAAUCGCCUGUGGUAACAGGCGAUUGUUCGGACAAUAUAAUUGAAGGUGGGGAGUGUUCUGUGCUUGAGGAAGCAUCGAUAUUUAAAGAUGGGAAUGGAAAGUAUUUGGUGUGGGAGACACCGGUCCCGAGUUUGCUAGGUGAACAGGAGCAUAAUUUGAUGAGUGGGCUGGAUUUUCCUGGAGACACUACAGGUUUCAAUUGGACUAAUCAUGAAGCAGAAAUUAAUAUUGAUUUUGCGGGAAAGGAGUUCUAUGAUCAUUAUAGUCCAAAGGAUUUUCUAUUCCAUAUGUAGAUAGCGUGUAAUAUGCUAUUUGGAGUUGAUUUCUCAGAUGUUCACUCAAUUAAUAGUCAUUAUCUUAUCUUAAAAA